AUGAAUAAAAUUUCUGGAAUUGAGCCUAAUCCUAAUUUUGCAACCUUCCUUGAAUGCAACACUGAUAUGCUCUUUCGCUUUAAAUCUUUCCUAGCAGGUUCCACUUUAUCUCGUGCUACUGGUCUCAAGAGUUCAGAAGAUAAAUUCUUACUUUCCCGCACAGUUGAAGAUGAAUUGAAGACAGCUAUUGAGAAAUUUGGUAUAAUUAUCAAGAAACCUUUCAGCUUUAGCAAUUUAAUGAACUCAGAUGACGAUGAUAAUGAAAAUAUUGAUUCUAAUCAAUUCAGAGAUAUUAUAGAAGAAAUUGAACCAAAAAAUGAAUAUAUUCCUAAAGAUAGACCUAGUGAAAAAAGAUAA